GUUUUAUAGACCAAGUUGUUGGACAAGCAAUCGAAUUGGGAGCUAUGUUAUGUCUUGAUUAUGCUUACGAGUUCUUUUAUGUUACCUAUAUUUUCACCUAUGUGAAUACGGCCGUUGUGUUGACUCAUCAUCCUCAACAUGAAUGUGGAAAAAAUUAAGGAAAAUUAGAAAAUGAAAACUGCUUGAGGCUGAAAAUAAGGCAAUGUGAAAAACACUGUACAAGAUAUGACUCAACACAGUGAGCUUACGCCUAUAUAUAGAGGACCAAGUGUUCUUCUUCUCUAACACACACACACUGACACACACACUCCUUAAGAUCAUCUCUCUCGUGUAGUGUAUUUUGUCAAUAAAAGUUGAACAGAUGGAGCAUAAGAAUAUUGGUGCAGAAGUACUUCAAGAUACGUACGAUGAUCAACAGAAAUGGGUUCUUGAUUCUUCUCUUGAUAGCAGAGGACGUGUUCCUCUUCGGGCUCGAACUGGCGCUUGGAGAGCUGCACUCUUCAUCAUCGGUACAUAGCCCUUAUUGAGAUUGUAUAUACUUUAUACCAUAGAAUUAUAACACUGAAAGAAGUGUACUAUAAUAUCCCAAAAUAUUAAAUCUUUGUGAAGUCUUUUGUUUCGUCUUCUCUGCACAGCGAUCGAGUUCAGCGAGAGAUUGAGUUACUUCGGGUUAGCUACAAACUUGGUCGUCUACCUAACAACAAUUCUAAACCAAGAUCUCAAGAUGGCUAUAAGAAAUGUGAACUACUGGUCAGGUGUCACUACUUUGAUGCCUCUUCUUGGAGGCUUUAUAGCCGAUGCAUAUCUAGGCCGUUAUGCUACUGUCUUGGUUGCAACCACCAUUUAUCUUAUGGGUUUGGUCCUUUUAACAAUGUCCUGGUUCAUACCAGGCUUAAAACCUUGUCACCAAGAAGUGUGCGUUGAACCUAGAAAAGCACACGAAGUAGCCUUCUUCAUUGCCAUUUACUUGAUCUCCAUAGGGACUGGAGGUCAUAAGCCUUCCCUUGAAAGCUUUGGUGCUGACCAAUUCGACGAUGACCAUGUUGAAGAAAGAAAGAUGAAAAUGUCUUUCUUUAACUGGUGGAACGUUAGUCUAUGUGCUGGUAUUCUAACGGCCGUGACUGCUGUUGCCUAUAUCGAAGACCGGGUUGGUUGGGGCGUUGCUGGCAUCAUACUAACUGUAGUCAUGGCUAUAUCACUCAUCAUCUUCUUCAUUGGAAAACCAUUCUAUCGUUACCGGACACCUUCUGGUAGCCCUUUGACACCAAUCUUGCAAGUCUUUGUUGCCGCCAUUGCCAAAAGAAAUCUACCUUAUCCUUCUGAUCCUUCUCUGCUUCAUGAAGUGUCCAAGACAGAGUUUACUAGUGGCCGGCUUCUCUGUCACACAGAGCAUCUUAAAUUUCUUGACAAGGCAGCAAUUAUCGAAGACAAAAAUCCUCUGGCCCUCGAGAAACAGAGUCCAUGGAGACUUCUAACGUUGACAAAAGUCGAGGAAACGAAGCUGAUCAUCAACGUGAUUCCAAUAUGGUUCUCCACGUUGGCCUUUGGCAUAUGUGCAACACAAGCUUCGACGUUUUUCAUCAAACAAGCAAUAACCAUGGACAGACACAUCGGUGGCUUCACAGUUCCUCCAGCUUCCAUGUUUACACUUACCGCCCUCACAUUGAUCAUCUCACUCACUGUCUAUGAGAAACUCCUCGUUCCCUUGCUAAGAAGCAUCACACGGAAUCAAAGAGGCAUCAACAUUCUCCAAAGAAUCGGGACCGGUAUGAUUUUCUCCCUCAUCACCAUGAUCAUUGCAGCUCUAGUUGAGAAACAACGAUUGGACCGUACCAACAACAACAAACCCAUGAGUGUGAUAUGGCUAGCUCCUCAGUUCAUGGUCAUUGGCUUUGCGGACGCUUUCACACUAGUUGGACUCCAAGAGUACUUUUACCACCAAGUCCCUGACUCCAUGAGAAGCUUAGGUAUAGCGUUUUACCUAAGCGUGAUAGGUGCGGCUAGCUUCCUUAACAAUCUCCUGAUCACAGCCGUUGAUACUCUCGCGGAGAAUUUCUCGGGGAAGAGUUGGUUCGGAAAGGACCUAAACAGCAGCCGCUUGGACCGGUUCUACUGGUUUCUUGCUGGUGUUAUCGCUGCCAAUAUAUGUGUCUUUGUGAUUGUGGCAAAGAGAUGUCCUUACAAAAGUGUGCAGCCAAGCCAAGGGCUCUCCUGAUUCGUCCAUAUCCGUCGACGUCUAAAUAAACAAGACAUGCAAUGCUAAGUAUAUGUCGUUAAGUCUAACAUUAAAAAUCAUUAGUAAUCAAUGUUGGUGUUAGAUUUUUUUCUUUGGUUAAAAGAUAAAUUUAGAGUUGAAGAUUUAAAUUUCUUAUGAAAAAGUGCCAACAUACUUUGUUCAAUAUUUGUAUUCGCAUUACGCUUACUA